AUGGCCGGGCCCCGGAGCAUCCUGGAUCCACCGCUGCAGGCGCUGCUGCCACCGAUCCUGGUGCUGAUGCUGGCGCAGGCGGGCUCGGCUGCUGCGGCGGGCUCGGUGCGCCUGGCGGGCGGCCUCACGCUGGGCGGCUUGUUCCCGGUGCACGCGCGGGGUGCGGCGGGCAGGGCGUGUGGGCCGCUGAAGAAGGAGCAGGGCAUUCAUCGGCUGGAGGCCAUGCUGUACGCGCUGGACCGCAUCAACGCAGACCCCGAGCUGCUGCCAGGUGUGCGUCUGGGGGCGCGGCUGCUCGACACUUGCUCCCGGGACACGUACGCGCUGGAGCAGGCACUGAGCUUCCUGCAGGCGCUGAUCCGUGGCCGCAGCGACGGCGGGGAGGCAGCCGUGCGCUGCCCUGGCGGCGUCCCCCCGCUGCGCGCCGCGCCCCCCGAGCGCGUGGUGGCUGUUGUGGGAGCUUCGGCCAGCUCAGUCUCCAUCAUGGUCGCCAACGUGCUGCGUCUGUUUGCGAUUCCCCAGAUCAGCUAUGCCUCCACAGCCCCUGAGCUCAGCGACUCCACACGCUACGACUUCUUCUCCCGUGUGGUGCCUCCUGAUUCCUACCAGGCCCAGGCCAUGGUGGACAUCGUGCGGGCAUUGGGAUGGAACUAUGUAUCCACACUGGCCUCUGAGGGCAACUAUGGAGAGAGUGGGGUUGAAGCUUUUGUGCAGAUCUCCCGAGAGGCAGGGGGAGUCUGUAUUGCCCAGUCCAUCAAGAUUCCUAGAGAACCGAAGCCAGGAGAAUUCAACAAGGUUAUCAGACGACUCAUGGAGACUCCCAACGCUCGGGGCAUCAUCAUCUUUGCCAACGAGGAUGACAUCAGGAGGGUCCUCGAGGCUGCACGCCAGGCCAACCUGACUGGCCAUUUCCUGUGGGUUGGCUCAGACAGCUGGGGAGCCAAGAUCUCACCCAUCCUGAACCUGGAGGACGUAGCAGUGGGGGCUAUCACUAUCCUGCCCAAAAGAGCUUCCAUUGAUGGAUUUGACCAGUACUUCAUGACACGCUCCCUGGAGAACAACCGCCGGAACAUCUGGUUUGCAGAGUUCUGGGAAGAGAAUUUUAACUGCAAACUGACCAGCUCAGGUACCCAGUCAGACAAAUCCACCCGCAAAUGCACAGGUGAGGAACGCAUCGGCCGGGACUCUACCUACGAACAGGAGGGGAAGGUGCAGUUUGUGAUCGACGCAGUGUACGCCAUUGCCCAUGCCCUACACAGCAUGCACCAGGCGCUCUGUCCUGGGCAUACAGGCCUGUGCCCAGCAAUGGAGCCCACCGAUGGGCGGACACUGUUGCAGUAUAUUCGGGCAGUCCGCUUCAAUGGCAGUGCAGGAACCCCAGUAAUGUUCAAUGAGAACGGAGAUGCACCCGGGAGAUAUGACAUCUUCCAGUACCAGGCGUCCAACGGCAGUGCAGGCAGUGGCGGAUACCAGAGCGUGGGCCAGUGGGCGGAGACGCUCAGGCUGGACAUGGACGCCCUGCAGUGGUCAGGAGACCCAUGGGAAGUGCCGGCAUCUCAGUGCAGCCUCCCCUGUAGGCCUGGGGAGCGGAAGAAGAUGGUGAAGGGCGUGCCCUGCUGUUGGCACUGCGAGGCCUGCGACGGGUACCAUUUCCAGGUGGAUGAGUUCACCUGCGAGGUCUGCCCAGGGGACAUGCGGCCCCUUCGCAACCACACCGGCUGCCGCCCCACACCGGUGGUGCGCCUCACCUGGGCCUCUCCCUGGGCCGCCCCACCGCUCCUCCUGGCGGUGCUGGGCAUCACGGCCACCACCGCAGUGGUGGCCACCUUCGUAAGGCACAACAACACACCCAUUGUCCGCGCCUCGGGCCGCGAGCUCAGCUACGUGCUGCUCACCGGCAUCUUCCUCAUCUAUGCCAUCACCUUCCUCAUGGUGGCCGAGCCUGGGGCGGCCGUCUGCGCUGCUCGGAGGCUCUUCCUCGGCCUGGGCACCACCCUCAGCUACUCUGCCCUGUUCACCAAGACCAACCGCAUCUACCGUAUCUUCGAACAGGGGAAGCGCUCUGUCACGCCCCCGCCCUUCAUCAGCCCCACCUCGCAGCUGGUCAUCACCUUCGGCCUCACCUCCGUGCAGGUGGUGGGAGUGAUGGCAUGGCUAGGGGCCCAGCCUCCACACAGCGUGAUCGACUAUGAGGAGCAGCGGACGGUGGACCCAGAGCAAGCCAGAGGGGUGCUCAAGUGCGACAUGUCAGAUCUAUCUCUCAUCGGCUGCCUGGGUUACAGCCUCCUACUCAUGGUCACAUGCACAGUGUAUGCCAUCAAGGCCCGUGGUGUGCCUGAGACCUUCAACGAGGCCAAGCCCAUUGGCUUCACCAUGUACACCACCUGCAUCAUCUGGCUGGCUUUUGUGCCUAUCUUCUUUGGCACUGCACAGUCAGCUGAAAAGAUAUACAUUCAAACCACCACACUGACUGUGUCCCUGAGCCUGAGCGCAUCGGUGUCCCUCGGCAUGCUCUAUGCACCCAAAACCUAUGUCAUCUUGUUCCACCCGGAGCAGAACGUACAGAAGCGGAAGCGGAGUCUCAAAGCAACCUCCACAGCAGCAUCCCCACCCAAGGGUGAGGACACAGAGGCCCCCAAGUAGUGAGAAGCCUUCUUUUCUUUCCCUUGCUUCACAGUGGGAAUUGUGAGGAGUCUAGGCAUGCAGUGAAUCAGAGAAGGGGUCCACGGAGGCUAUGCCCAGCAGGACCUAUCU